AUGGACCUUAUUCAGGGAUUUAUUCAACAACCAAAAGUCCCAUCGGCAGAGGAGACAAUACCGACACUAUGUGACAGAGUGGAAAACUCCACGUUGAUUGCGGAUAGAAGGUCAGCGGUCCUUGGUCUUAAGUCCUUCAGUCGUCAAUAUCGUGAGUCAGUCAUUGCAUCCGGUCUGAAGCCCUUGUUGAAUAUUUUGAAGAAAGAUUCUUUGGAUGAGGAUUUAGUGAAGGCCAUAUUGGAAACAUUAUUAAUUCUUUUUAUUAGAGGUGAUGGCGAUGAUGAUUUGACUAGAUCUUGGAUUUCACAACAAUCUCGGUUGAGGAAUGGGAAAUAUCCAUCUCCCUUGGUCAUGAAGCAGGAGAGAGAUCAUCAAGUUGUGGAUCAAUUCUCCCUUUGGAUAGCAGACGCCUUGAUUCAAUCAGAUGAUUUAAUUCAUUUGGUCAUUGGGUUCUUAGAUACUGACAAUUUCCACAUUAAAUUGUAUACCGUUCAACUGUUAGAGGCAAUUAUGGCCACGAGACCAAAUAGAGCUAGAAGUGCCAUACUUUCUCUGCCCACCAGUAUUUCCACAUUUGUUUCUUUAUUAGAUGAUAUUCAUGAACCAAUUAGGGAUGAAACAAUUUUAUUAUUAAUGGCUGUCGUUAAUGAUUCACCUCAUGUACAAAAAUUAGUCGCCUUUGAAAAUAUAUUUGAUAGAUUAUUUACCAUUAUUGAAGAAGAAGGUGGAUUACGUGGAUCUUUAGUCGUUAACGAUUGUUUAUCCCUAGUUAAUAACAUCUUAAAAUACAAUACAUCAAAUCAAACGCUAUUCUUAGAAACGGGUAAUAUACCAAAAUUAGCACAUGUGUUAAAUGAACCACUGACAGAAGAUGAAGAAUUCUUUUGGAAUGAUCAAAGAAUUAUCAAUAUGACCACUACUCUGGAUAUUGUUGCCUUGACUGUGGAGCCUAGCAGUACAGUAGCCAAGAAACACCAACUGUUCUUAUUAGAAUCAAAUGUAUUGAUGAUCGUGUUGAGAUUGGCAUUUUAUCCAGGUAUCCCCAAGAGAGUGCGGCCAAUUGCAUUACUGACCGCAUCAGAUAUGAUCAGGAAUAAUGAAUUCACUCAAGCAGCAUUUGCCAAGAUUGAUGUACCAUAUUUUGAUCCGUCUCUACCUACUCAAUCGAUCCCUGAUGAGGUAAAACUGGUUCCGGUAGUCCAUCUAUUGAUCAAUUGGUCACUUUAUUCCAAUUCAGUACAUACUUUUGAUACAAGGGCGGCAGCAACAACACUAUUGAAAAGCUACUUAAGCAAUAAUUUCGAAACACAGAAACAAUUUAUUACUCAGCAGUUAGAAGGAUAUAAAAACUCAGCAGAUUCUAAUCCUCUUGAAUUGAAAUAUAACAUAUUUGAAGUAUUAUUAAACUACGAUCCAGAUAUGAAGCUUAACCCUUAUAAACUGUAUUUCACAAUUGAUCUUUUAAUGUAUCUCUUACAAUCUGAGAAUGACGAAAGGAAGGAAUUGAGUAAACUAAUUGAAGAACUGAAAUUAGAUUCAAAUUUGGAAGAUGACGAAGAUCAAAUGGAUCCAGUGCAAACAGUUACGGAACUACUGCUGACCUCGCUUUCAGCUGAAGAUAUUCGUAUACCAAUAGCAUAUACAUCCUUUUUAAUUUUUUGGCUCUAUGGAAAUUCAAGUGUUGUAAACGAUUUCUUAUCAAAUAAGUCGAAUAUUCAACAAUUACUAUCAUUUUCCUAUCAAAUUCAAGAUGAAGAUAUCACAGUAAAAUGUAUGAUAACCUUGUUAUUAGGUGUUGCCUAUGAAUUUUCCACCAAGGAUUCCCCAUUUCCAAGAAAGGAAUAUUUUGAAUUUAUAACGAAAACGUUAGGUAAGGAUAAUUACACAUCCAAAAUAAAGCAAUUUAAAUAUGAUUCUCUCUUUUCAAAAGUAAAAGACAAUGAUUUUGACAUAUUAAAUGCUGCACUGGAUGAGACUGGACUUCCGAAAGUUUAUUUUAGUUCAUAUUUCGUCCAGUUGAUUAAUGAGAAUUUCUAUAGGAUUAAGAACGCAUUUGUUCAUAGUCCUGAUGAAGAACCAAUAUCCAAAAUCUCAUUUGAAGCUUUUGAAGAAUUACAGAAUAGGUGUAUUGCGUUGAAAGAAGAACUCGAAACAUUACAUCAUGAUAAUAAGGCAUCCAUAGAUUCAUUACAAAAUCAAUUGAAGACCAUUUCAGGUGAGUAUGAAGACUCUUCUACAGAAUUAGCAAGUUUAAAAACGGAACAUUCAUUAUUGUCAGAUAAAUAUGAUACCAUAAAAGUAGAAUUAAGUGACAUGACGACUUCCUUAAAGCAAAUUACCGAGGAAAGAGAUACACUGGAUGCAUUGAAGAAAGAAAAUGAGAAUAAGAUUGAAAAAAAUGAGGAGUUAUUAAAGGAAUACAAAGAAAAGUUGCAAAACAUCGAAACACAACUUCAAACUAUCAUUCUCGCAAAACAAAAGGCCGAAGAAGGAGUAAAUAAGAUGAAUCGUGAGUUAUUUGCAUUGUCGAGAGAAAAACAGGAACUAGAAGGUAAUCAAAAAAUUGCUUUGAAGGAUUUGCAGAAGAAAACGGCAGUUUUGGAAAAGGAAAAGAGACAGUUAAGCGACAAGUUAAAUGAAAAAGAGAAGGAUAUUACUCGUUUAAAUGAAGAAUUGGCAACUUUAGAAAACACUGUUAAAUCAUUAGAAUCAGAAAAAAAUGAAAAAAGAAAGGAAGUUGAGGAAUGGAAAUCUAAGUUUCAAAAUCAUGAUAAUUUAGUUCCGAAAUUAACUGAUAAACUAAAAUCGUUGGCAACAAGCUUUAAAGAGUUGGAAAAGGAACGUGAUAGCUUACAAGAACAGCUAACAGAGUUAGAGUCGGCAAACUUAUCUCAUGAAACUGAAUUAAAAAAUAAUAUUAAACAGAUGACCGAAAAUAAUGUUACCUUAACAACUGAAAAUAAAGGGCUUAUAUCAAAGAUCUCAAAUUUAGAAUUGACCAUAGAUAAUCUGAAGAAGAGUAACGACGCCAAAAGUGCUCAGUUCUCAGAUGAUAAGAAUGAACUAGAAGAAUCAAUCAUGCAUUUGAACGAACAGUUGAAUGAAAUUGAAGCUGAAAAAGAAAUAAACGAAAGAAAGGUUAAUGAUCUAGAAGGACAGUUGAAUUCGGUGAAAUCUGAACUUACUAAGAAUAUGGAUGAGAUAACUUUGUUAAAGACUAAACUGGAUACAGUAAAUGAAGAUUUGACUACUUCGAAACAGAAGCUAAUUGAGUCUGAAAAUGAAAAGAGAGAACUUUCGAAAUUGUUGGAGAAUUCAAAAAAUGCCAUGAUUGAUUCUAACAAUAAGUUGGAAGAAUCAACUUUAAAAUACGAUACUCUAUUGAAAAAAUAUGACAGUUUAGAAAAGAAUGGUCAGGCCAACGAAAAGUCCUUUCAUGAUCAGGUCGAUGAACUAAAAUUACAACUUCAAGAAAAAGAACUGCAAUACACGACUUUAGAAACUUCUAUAGAGGAAAAAGAAAAAAAUAUUCAGUCAAUUCAGACACAACUGGAAUCACUUGCAGCAGAAAAGGAACGUAUUCAGGGAAUAGCCAAUACCUCCUCAGAGGAAGUUGUCAGCUUGGAAAAUCGUAUUAAAGACUUGAACGAACAACUAGACUCCGUAAGGGAACUUUAUGAAAAGUCCAAGCAAGAACUCAACAAAAAAAAUGAGGAACAUCAAUCAAUGCUGGCCAAAUAUGAAUCAGAUCUUGCUGACUCUUUGGCCAAGGCUGAUACAGCCACUUCAACCAACGUAGAACUUGAAUCUCAAAUUAAAGUCAUGAAAAAUGAAUUGGAUUUGAACAAAGAGAAACAUACGGAAGCACUUGAAAUAUUGAAAAAAGAGAUUAAGAACAUAGAAGAAGAGUGUGAAAGUACAAAAUCAGAUACUGUGGUUGCUAAAAAUGAAUUUGCUAAAUCACAGAAAGAAUUAAAAAAAUUGCAAGAAUCAUUUUCCAUUAAUGAAAAAAAGUCCGAAGAAUUGCAAAAUGAACUACAAGAGCUGCAGCGUUCAGUCCAAACUAUGAAGGAAUGGGAGGAGGCCAUGGUCAAAAAAUCAACGGAUCUAGAAACCAAAAUUUCUAAGACGGAACUAGAAUUGUCAAAGGAGAAGAAAAAAUUACAAAACGUGGAAGAAUCCAAACGUAAAGUGGUGUCGGAAUUGGAAUCUGUAAAAAAGGAAUCUGGAGAGGAAAAGAAGAAACUUGUUCAAGAAAUCAUUCAAAUUAAGGCUGAUUUGAAGAUAAAGAUACAUGAUUUUGAGAAAGAGAGGAAAUUAUUGAAUGAAGGAUCUUCGUCUAUUACGCAGGAAUAUUCCGAGAAGAUAAGUAAAUUGGAGGAAAGAUUGGAUGAGGCUAAAUUUGAGAAUGAAAGUAAAGGUGCUGAAGUUGAGAAAAUCAAGAAGGCAUCCAAAAAUUCAGAAAUGGAGACCCAGAAAAUAAUCGAAGAAAAAGACACUCAGAUAACCACCUUACGUGAAACAAUUACUUCUAAAGAAAAGGAUCUGGAUGAACGUUCCCAAACGAUUAAAAACUUAAUUUCUGAAAAAGAGCAAGAACUUUCCGCUUCUAAUCAGAACCUUGAGGAGUUGAAAAAUCAAAUAUCAGAAAUAAAAGAAGAAUUGAAAAGCUCAAAGGAAGAAAUGGCAAAAAAGGACAUGAUGCUAAUAGAUUUGAAUAAAACGUUAGCCUCGUUAAAGGGCGAUGUAAAGGAUAAAGUUCUAGCAAUUGAAAAAUUGAAUGAGACAUUAGCUUCUUUGAAAGGUAAUAUUAAGGAUAAAGAUUUAGCAAUUGAAAAACUGGAAAAGACUUUAAAUUCCUUGAAGGAUGAUAUUAAGGACAAGGAUCAAACAAUCGAAGAUUUGAAAAAAAAGAAGGCAUCCGAAGAAUCCGAAUUUAAAAUAACAAUUGAAGGAAAAGAUAAGGAACUUACUGACUUGAAGAAUAAACUUCAAACCCAGUUGGAAAAGGAAAAGGACUCUCUAAAAAAGCAGAAGGAGCAAGAUGAUAAGCUCAUAGAGAAAUCUUCGAAGUUAGAAGAAGAACUUAGAAAUAAGAGUAACAACUAUGAGGAUCUGAAAGAACAAUUGGAAAAAUGUCAAAUGACAAAACUGAAUCUUGAAACUGAGAUUGUUCAACUUAAAGAAUCUAUUUCCUCAACUGAUGCUGAUAUGAAACGUUUGAGCAGUGAGCAUGAUGAAGACAAAGAAAAAAUUAAUACUUUAGAAAAAGUAAUAGAAUCCCAAAAAACUAACAUGAAAAAGUCACAGUCCACAAUAACAAAAUUUGAAGAAGCUAUAUUGCAAAAGGACGAAGAACUGGCCGCCAUCAAGACAAAAAUAACUGAAAUCGAAAACAGAGACAAAAAUAAUUCAAAUGUCAUCGAACAGUUGAAACUUGAAACCGAAAAACUCAAGCAGGAACAAACUAAUGAUCGGGAAGACUAUCAAGUUAAAGCGACGAAGAUGGAGGAAGCUAAAAAGAAAUGCGAUGAAGAGAAACAAGAGCAGAUUAUUGAAUUACAGAAACUCAGAGAGAAACUAGAAAAACUAGAACAUGAAAGGGAAGAACAUGCAAAAGCGGCAGAUAAUAAAUCAGAAUUGGAUGACUUGAUGCUUUUGGUAACAGAACUUGAUGAGAAAAACAACAAAUAUCGUGCAAAACUUAAAGAUCUCGGAGUAGAACUCUCCUCUGACGACGACGACGACGACGACGACGAUGAAGACGAUACAGAAAGUGAUGAAUAA